AUGGCGGGAGCGGGGUGCGGGCGCCGCAGGCCGCCGACCUGGGAGAUCUCGGACUCGGACGCCGAGGGCCCCUCCGGGGCGGCGGCCGGCGCGGGAACCCAGGGGCCGGCGGCCGAGGCGCUGCGGCCGGCGCGGGCCCUGAGGCGCCUCGCGGUGGGCGUAGACCCAGCCAUCCUGGAGGACGCUGGCGCGGACGUCCUGCUGCAGGCGCUCGGCGCCCUGGGCUGUCAGUGCCGCCUCGAGCCCCAGCGCCGCCCGCGGAGCCUGAGUUGGAGCUGGGGGACCCCCGACCCCUGCCCCCGCAGCGCCCCUUCGGAAGAGCGGGAGCUGCUGUCGCUGCUGCUGCUGGAGCCCGAGGAGUUUCUGCGGGGCGCGGCCCGGCUGGCUCAGGCCUCCGGCCCCAUCUGCUCAGUGCCCUGGGUCUCUCCCGAGAGCCCCUCCCGCCCCCACCUGGCCGUCGUGGGACUGGACGCCUACCUGUGGUCCAGCCAGCCCAGUGCACGGGGGACACAGUCACCCAGGAGUCCAGAGGAGGCCCGCGGUGGAGUGCCCGUCGGCAGGCCUGAGGUGCAGGAGGCCCUGGUCCUCCUCCAGCUCUGGGCGGACCUGGACGUGCUGCUGGUGGCCUCGUGGCAGGAGCUGAGUCAGCACGUGUGCGCGCUCACCAGAGCCCUGGCCCAGCGCCCGUUCAAGCAGCACCGGGAGGCCCAGGCCUUCUCCUUCUGCACGGCAGGGCGCUGGGCCGCAGGUGUGCGGGUAACCAGGGAUGGCCGUGGGCUGCGGGAGGCCUGGCAGCGGCAGAUCAUGCAGUUUAACCGGGUCAGCCCCGCCGUGGCCGGCUCCAUCGUCACCGCCUUCCCCUCUCCACGGCUCCUGCAGCAGGCACUGGCAGCCUGCAGCACGGAGCGGGAGCGCCUGGGCCUCCUGGCGGACCUCCCCGUGAGAGCCAGCAGGCACGCUCGGCCUCGCAAGGUGGGGCCUGACCUCUCCCGCCGGCUCUGCCUCUUCCUGAGCACCGCCAACCCUGACCUCCUGCUGGACCUGGGCUCCUGACCUGCAGCCCAGGGCCUCCCUGCCUCCCACACGCAGGCAGAGGUCCGGGGGGUCGCACACAGGCAGAGAAGGCGCGGGACAUUCGGGAGCUGGAAGAACACCCAGAGGCCUGGUGGCCCCCAGAGAACAGGAGGAAGACGGGGUGGACACCGCCAGGCGUGGAGAGCAGCCCCGGCCUGGAGCUGGGUGCAGGCGGUGUGAGACACAACCUGUUUAUUGCCGUCACUGGGGCUGCGGGAACAGCCGAGCACGCAGGGAGAGCUGAGGCUGUGGGCCGUCGGCAGCCCUGCUCCAGCCCUGGCCGCCCAGGUCCACGGGUGCGUGGGCGUGGCCGAGGGGGUGCUGGCCCCGGCAGGAAGGACUGUCCUGGCCUCAGGUGAGCGGGGCCAGGCCCUUCUGACCCAGCGCGGGGCCGAGAAAUGGGACACGGAAGCUCUCCCGGCGCGGGCGAGUCAGGUCCGUCGGCAGCGCUUCCUCUGGCAGGGCGCGGCGGCCGGGGGCGCCGGGGGCUUGUGGCGGCUGGAGUUCAUGCUGAGCACCCAGCCCAGCCUGUUGUGCAGCAGCUGCUUGAGGCCGGGCGGCAGCGGCAGGCCCUCCAGGGUGUCGCCCGAGUGCGGCCGCAGCUGGCGCAGGCGGAAGCAGCACAGGUACUGCAGGGAGGUGGCGCUGGCGCAGGAGCGGAUCACCUUCAUGCUGCUCCGGGCCGCCGUGGAGCACACCAUCGGGUAGAACUUCCUGUUCCGCAGCUUGGUGGCAGCCACCCCUGCAGGGGAACACGGUGCUGAGUCCGUCCCCAGCCCGGGCCGGGCGAGGAAGCCGGGCCCCGCGCGCCCUUACCUAUGCACUUCCUGUUCUUGAAGAAGGUGAGCGUGCCGUGCCAGGUGUCCAGGUGCACGCCGAUGAUGGAGCCUUGGCCGAACCGGGAGGAGAAGCUCGUCUUGUCGCCCUUGUGGUGCAGGAGCCCUGCGGGCGGCCGAGCCGUGAGCGAGGGGCCCUCUGCUGCCCCGCCCCGCCCCGCCACGGGCAGCUCACCUGUGUAGGACAGGCCCCAGCUGUCCUCGUCCCGCCCCAGCAGACUGCAGAACGUGUGGUGGUACUUGUCCAGGUCCACGUCCGACGUCCCGAUGCCCACCAUCUAGGCGAGGCGGGGCUGGGCAGAGGGCGCCAGGGGCCGGGACCCCCAGCCCGCGCCCCGGCGCCAGCAGCGGCUUACCAUGUCAGUGCCGUACACGGGCGACGUCAUCUUGAUCUCCCAGAAGUGCUGGCCCUCGCCCAGCUCCUUGGUGCCCCGGAUGGCGGCGGUGCCGCAGCUGUACUCCGUGUGGAAGCUGACUUUGCGGUUGUCACAGCUCAGCAGGGUGGCUGAGGACUUGUUCAGGGCGUCCCAGACCCAGUCAAACUCUGUAAGGGCAGAGAGGCCCGAGCUGGGGCGGCCCCCGGGCCUGACCCGCCCCCCGGGCCGCCCGCCCCCGGCUCUCACGGUCCGCGUCUUCCCCACAGCGGCAGUCCUUGCUGCGGUGUGCGCCGUGCGGGCUGCUGCGGGGCGCGGCCUCGCUCUGGCCAUCGCAGUCACAGAAGGACUCCCCGGUCACGGGCACGGCGCUGGGGAUGGCGGGCGGCAGGGCCGCGUACUCCAGGUCAGAGUCGGAAUCGCUGUGCUGGGAGGGAAGACGAAGCCGUUCCCCCGGGCCCCACCUGCUCCCGCCCACCGAGGAAGGGGCCAGGGACUUCCUGGGGCCACCGCCACCUGGACCAGGCUGGAGGAGCCCCGAGGCCGUGUGAGCCGUGGACGGGGAGGGAGAACAGGGCCGGCCCAGCUGCCAGUCCGCUCGGUCAGAGGGGCUGGACCCUGAGCCCGCCCUGGGGUGCAGGCCCAUCACCCAGCUCGCCUGCCGUCUCCAGGGUCCUGCCAACUGACCCACGCCCUCCUGGGGGGUCGGCUGAGCCCCCUCCCCUGCACGGCAGCCAGGCAGACCCUGGCCCACCCCUGGCUCCUACUGCUUUCGGAAUAAACAUCAGGUACUGCCGA